AUGCCUGUGAAAGGAAUCAGGACUGUCACCGCCGCCAGGAAUGGCGUCGGUGCCUUCAUCCUCCAAUGCAAACGUCUUGAUUUCCACUACUGCAAUUUCGGUGGUAGCUCGCGCGGCAUGCUCGCCUUCCUAACCCAGACCCUUCCCGCAUUCGCCCGCGAAAACCCGCAGAUCGAGAUCCGCGUUUCCCCCCGACACCAGAAGCACCCCGUCAUCAAGGGCCAAUACAUCAACGGUCGUGAGAAGUCCAUCUGCGUGCGCAACCUUGAGCCGGAAGAUAUCUUGAAGAAGGCUAUGAUUCUCAAGGAUGCCAGCGGUGACAAGUUGAAGCGGACCAAGAAGCCUAUUACCAGUUUGAACGAGAGUGUUCGCGGUAUCUGGUCUCCAUACCACGGAGAUCUACGCGGUGUUUAA